GAAUAUCGUCAGAAAAAGGCCUCAAAAUAUGGAUACGAAAGGAUCGCCGGCAACGCAUACCAUCACGCUGCCUGAGCAAAUCAUUACCUUCGAACUAUCGUCCUACGAAUGGUCGCAGAAUCUGUUGUGCAUUGCGUUGAUGGACAAGCUUGUGCUUGGUAGCGUGCGCUUUCCGGAAGAAAACGAAAAUGAAUCCUUCGAGUGGAAACAAUUGAAAGAAAUCCACCACAAAAGUAGACCACAUUCUGUAGCCUUUGCCCCGGAAACGUCACUCGCCGUGGUACCGAAGAAGAUUGUGAUAGCGAGCGCCGGUUCGGAUUAUAAGAUCCAUAUAUUCCAAAGCGAUUUGGACCAAAAUGAUACCGUGCAACUGUUGGACGGACAUCGGUCGUACGUGAACCACGUAAGCUGGGAUCCGGACGGUGAAUUCCUGGCAUCUUGCAGUGAUGAUAAUAGCUGCGUUUUGUGGAAGUGCAAAGAGGAUUAUGCUCAGGGUCCUAGUUUUUUCUUCGGUUCUGCUGUCCUGUCUGCAAAAUGGCAUCCGGAGGAAUCGGGACAUCUCUUAAUUGCUGAAAAGUGCGGUGUAGUACAUCUGUACAAAGUGCAUCUGAAAACAUCGAUGCUUUCGGUCGAAACGGACAGUAAUCCGCUCAGCUACGCGGACUGGAAUUUAAGCAACUCGGCUUACGUCGUAGCCCUGGCAAGGGGUAAUGUUUUCUUUUGGGAUUUGAAAAAUUCCAGCUGGCCGAUCGAAAACAAACCGUUGCAUGACGAAUGUGGGCAUGUUGUAAAAUUUUCUCCACACUCUGAGAAUGUGGUUGCUAGCAUUGGCAAACCGAACGCAACGCUGAAAGUAAUUCACAUGAAAAACAAACUACCCCAGAUAGAGGCAAAACUGCAGCUUUACGGUGGUCUUUGCUGGCAUUAUCAAUUGCCGUACGUUGUGGCGGCUUCCGAUAGAACGUUAUGUUUCUGGAAGGUGUUGAUUUAA